UCCUCAGCGUGGCCACAAAGCCAAACACAAAAAUUGUAAGGAACUGAAGGAAAGAAUGUCGUCUCGUGUUUUGAGGAAGUUACAGGGUGAUAAAGAAUUGGAAAUCUCACGCGGUGACGAUGAGGACGAAGAUGAAUUGAAUUUUGCAUCAGUUAAGUCGAAAAAGAAACAGAAAGCUGUUGUAAAUCCUUUUGAUUUGUUGAAUGUAGAUGAUGAACAGUCAGAUAAUGAUUCUCAAAGUGAUCAAGAAGAAGAUACUACAACAGAUGUUGUGGACCAGAAUGUAAAAGAAGAGAAACCAAGUUCAGCAGAGCCUGCUGAAAAGCAGACAUCUAAAAAGAAAAGGAAGAAGAAAAAGAAGAAAGGAAAAGGAGAAACAGAAAAUGGGAAACACACAAAGGCCCAAAAGGAAAGCGUUGAUGGUGUCAGUAAACAAGUGAAUAGCAAACCAAGAAGUGAUAUUAAAACAUCUGGUCCAGUGGCAACAUUAGGAGAGAGCAUUUCUAGGGCUCUGGAUACUAAAGCUGUGCUUGGAGUGGAACACAGAAACUUGAAUGCAGAGAAUGAAAUGAAGAGAAGAUUUGGAUCUCAUAUUGUCAGAGCAGAACAAAGACAAAGAAGAGCACAUCAGCGAGUCUAUCAUCGCUCAACAAGGUUGGUGUCAGUGAAGCCAUCAUGGCCACACAUGGGAGCAACUGGAAUAAGUAUGGAGUUCCUGGGAAUCAAACGUGGGUACAACUAUUUUGCCUUUAAGCACUCUCCUUCUUAUCAAGAAGUCCAGUUUCUAUUUCUUGAUGCAGUAGAAUCAUUAAACCCCAACAACAUUUCUACCAUUUUAAACACUCAUCCGUACCAUGUAGACUCUCUUCUGCAACUCAGUGAAAUCUGUAAGAUGGGAGAAGAUUACCAGAUGGCUGCAGAGCUAAUAGAAAGAGCUCUCUACUGUCUUGAACACAGUUUCCACACAUUGUUCAGUCUUACACAAGGCUAUUCAAGGCUUGAGUACAGAAGGGCAGAAAACAGGUCCUUCUUUAUUGCUUUGUUUCGUCAAAUCAUCUUUGUGGGACAAAAAGGUUGCUACAGAACAGCUUUGGAGUUAUGCAAGCUCUUGCUUAGUCUGGAACCAGAUGAAGAUCCUCUUGGUGUUCUCCUUAUGAUUGAUUUCUAUGCCUUACAAUCUGAGCAGUUCAGUUUCCUUAUAAGACUCUUUGAGGAAUGGGAGUCCCACAGGAACCUGUCUCAGCUACCAAAUUUUGCUUUCUCUGUGGCUCUUGCCUAUUUCCAGUCAAACAGACAAAAUGGUCAAACAAACAGAGCUGAUGAAUUGCUCCAGAUAGCAUUGAUUAUGUUUCCAAUGGUUUUAUGUCCUCUGAUGGAAAAGUGUAACGUUGUGUUAGACUCCACCCUCGUUCAGCACCCGUUCUUUUGUCCUUCACCAGGAAUCAGUGAACCCGUUGCUUUGAAGCAGCUUGAGGCGCUGUACAUAGGCAGGACAUACCACGCCUGGAAAGAACCCGGGGUGAUCGACUGGCUUGUGCAGAAUGCAAAAAAAGUUCUAGAAAGGGUUGAAGCACGUGAUCCAUUGGUUGAGGAAUGUAAACACAAGCGACAAGUACGUUACAGGGGAACACCGCGAAAUGUUUACAGGCACGUGAUCAUGUCAGAUAUUAAAGAUGCUACUGCUUCUCUUCCUAUGGACUUGGCGAAUGUUCCCCUUGUGUCCUAUGAUCCUCUGCCACCUCAAGAUUCAGUUACAGGCUACGCGCGGCCAUCAAGGAGGAAUAUAAGUCGUGAGGAAGACCACGGUCCUUUAUCCAUGUUUUUCCGCUCGCUGCUUCCUUCCUUCAACGCCCAGGCCCCUAACGGACCACGCGUGGAAGUGAGAUUUGAACAACCCAUAGAGGGAGCAGAGGGUGGGCCCAGGCCUUUGCGGGAUACAGAACUCGCAAGGGGCGUGGAAAACCUGAUGGUCGCCAUGAGAGAACUGCUAAAUACUCUUAGUUACCGUGAAGAACCUGAAGAGGCUGGGGACGAGCAAGGAGAUAACCCCGGAGAAAAUGAUCAUGCUGAAGAUGAAUGGGAAGAUGGGGAAUAAAAACAUUGCAAAGCUUACUUAUAAAAUGACCUUGCACACAGAUUUCUGCGCUCAUCUGUGCAAGUGGAGCUAUUCUUGGUAUCUGUACGGCAAAAUCUUCCAGCUUGUAGUUACAGCAUAGAUCCCCGGAUUAGUUCCAGGUAAACCAGUAAAUGGCUUCCACUAAACUUCCCAACCCGGAUUGACUUCAUCUUCAUGUUGCACCUUGUUUUGUGCGAUACAGCGUUUUGAGACUCUUAAACAAUGGCGAGAAAACUUAGUUUUCCUUGAAGUUUCUUUUUCAAAGUCGCUUAACCUCUUGGCACACUACAACACGCCCAUCCCCGCAUUGAAAGAUGGCGGUGAACCAACUAUUUGCGCGACGUUGUCUCAGUAAACGUUUGUACGACGGCCUGAGGAACGUGACGGUCACAAAACAGGCUGUGACAGUGCAGCAAGGGCAGACGACAACAGCGGAGGCUUAAAAGAUCAGAUUAGAAGGCGUAAUACUUUGUGGAACUGAAAAUUUGAAUUCUGUCCGUUGGCUUAUGUCCUCUAGCCAGGGGUGAAGGGUAUAAAAUGGUAAAAGAAGCUCAAGUUUGGGUUUGAGAACUAUCUUAUCAAUCCUAAUGUUUCAGAAGGCACAGCAUAUUCUUGAUCAAAUCAGAUUUGCUCAAUUAGGAAGAGGAGAUCGGAAAAACGAGCGGAAAGGGCUUUUGAGCUUACUUGUGACUGUUGAUGAGCUUGGUCGGCGGAUUCAUACCCUGCGCGUGCGCAGAAGUUCUAUAAUCCCAGAAAUGCUGAGCUUGCGUGAUAGCCGUACGCAGAUAGGAGAAAUUAUUUGAGUGUGAGGGAGGAAGCCUCUUGCAGCUCUUUGGGUUUCGUUGUUAAGGUCACAUGUAGAAUGAAGCGUAAGUAAUGAAAAUUGAAAACAAGUGACCAGCUGGAGAGUUCUACAUUACUUAAGUUGGCUGGAAGAAUAUAUAUUAUUACAGUAAUUAAACUUAACAAGAAGCAA